UCACCAACAAGAAUAACCGGGAACAGAUUACACUAAAAGCAAAAAAUUGAAGGAUUUUGAUUUACAAAUCAUGGUGAAACUUGCCUCGGCAAGAGAGAGUCGAAUGUACGGUCCGCGGCUGAGUCGGAGCAGGGCGGAGUACAUGAAUGCGGGCCUGUAUUUGUUCUCAACAAUCGUUUUGAUUUGCGGUUUCGCAGCCGAGUUUUCGUGGGAGCCCAGAUCGGGUCUGGUUCUGAUGCUCAUAGCGUUGGGUCUUAUAAUCUUGGUCAACAUUCACGAUCUCUUGGCACAUCUCGCCGGCAUCGAUUACCGGUUCGCGUUAAUGGGCUUUGAUCCGCAGCUGGCUCUCGUCGAGUUCUCCGUCCCGCUGGUUCAAAUCUUGGGUUCACUUCUUUUCUUUUUGGGAAUCCUCUUCCUCUUUUUUCAGGCGGAGAAAGGGUAUGGGUUUUUUAAGGUGGAGAAGCAUGCUCUGGGAAUGCUUAUCGCCGGUCCGGUUUUAUGGGUUGUCGGGUCGGUUCAUAACUCGUGUCAGAUCUACGAGCGGGCCGAUGCACAUGUUCAAAUCUUGCAACAGUGUGUCCAUAUCCCCUUUUUGAUUGGGAGUGUGUUGUUCAUGGUGGGAGCUAUUCUCAAUGGCCAUGAACAAGCUGGAGUUGUUCAUCAUGGGUUACAAUUACUGGGCAAAAAAUGGGUAUGGUUAGGGAUAUGUGGUAGCCUGAUGUUUAUGAUAGGGGGAUUAACGAACGUGGUGAAGGUUUUCAAGAUGCAGCAGAUGAACGGCAUUAGGCUCGAGAAACUGCGCGGCGGAGCACAAGAUAGAUUGAUCGAAGACGGGGACGGAGACGGACAGGUCCCUCUCAUCAUCGACGAGCAGCGGAGGAAAAUGGAAGUCGACGAGAUUAAAGCCACCGCGGCGGCGGCGGCGGUAGCAGGGAAGAAGAGUCCCACACCUUACAAGGAUGUGCUGCUCGCUCGGACUUGA